GGGCUGCAUUUCCAUUCCAGCUGCAAUGGGUGUCACUCUUUCCAUAUUUUCCAACAAUUGCUUCAUUUUAAGGCUUUUCUGACUCAGUCCAACAGUGUGGUUCCUGGUUUUGAAAGGUCCUGUUGUAUUUCUGGAAAAAAAACCACAUUUAUUUCAUGAAUUAAGUAAACAUCAGGGUGAAGAAUGCAUUUAUGUUUGAGCCAAACAAGGAGGAGAAAUUCAACGAAACAUAAUCAGAUGUAGGUGCUUGCUUACCUACAUAGUCCAAUAGGGAACUAUAAAUUUGCUCUCCCUCUCUUUCUCGAGCACGCACACACACAUGCAAACACACACCUCAAUAAAGCGAGCGAGAGAGUAAGUUUGCACACAGAGGAUCACUUGCCUGUAUUUUGGUAACACAGUCAUGUUAUGGUUAAUUUAGCAUUCAAUACCCCCCGUCCAUGCACGCGCACUCACGCACGUGGUGAGCCCAGGCUUCAUAAACAAGCCGCUGCCACUGACUGGCUCAGUGUUUCCACUGAUCUCACAUCAUUGCAGCGGCUCAGAGAAGAUGGCACUGGCUGACACGGAGCUCGGAGGGUCCACCUGCGGGGACUCUUGCUCUCCGUUUUCAGAGAUUAUUGAGCUAAAUGUCGGCGGACAGGUUUAUGUCACGAGGCACAAAACUCUCAUCGCAGUGCAGGACUCUCUGCUGUGGAACAUGUUCAGUAAGAAGUCCCCAAAGGAGUUGGCGAGAGACAGCAAAGGGCGCUUCUUCUUGGAUAGAGACGGCUUCUUGUUUCGCUACAUCCUAGAUUACCUCCGGGACCUGAACCUGGUGCUACCAGACUAUUUCCCAGAGAAAAGUCGUCUGCAGAGGGAGGCUGACUUUUUCCAGCUGCGGGAUCUCGCCAAACGUCUCAGCCCGCGCGUGAGUAAGGACAAUUCAAUCAGCGAGGAGAUCAACCAGAGCGACACGGAGGAAGGCGCGCAGCAGUGCGGCUCCUCCAGCGCCAUGGAGACUUUACGCACCAUGACGGUCAGCUCCAGCGGGGCCAUGCGCUCCCCGUCUCUGGACUCCAGAAAGUCAGGCUACAUCACGAUAGGAUACCGCGGCUCGUACACCAUCGGCAGAGACAUCCAAACCGACGCAAAGUUCAGGAGAGUGGCGCGCAUCACCGUGUGCGGGAAGACGUCUCUGGCCAAAGAAGUGUUUGGAGAAACCCUGAACGAGAGCAGAGACCCGGACAGGCCUCCGGAGAGAUACACAUCCCGAUAUUAUCUCAAGUAUAAUUUUCUAGAGCAGGCGUUUGACAAGCUGACAGAGGCGGGAUUUCACAUGGUGGCCUGCAGCUCCACAGGCACCUGCGCCUACACCAGCAACGACCCAAGCGAGGACAAAAUAUGGACGAGCUACACCGAGUACGUCUUCUGCCGGGAAUAGUUAACAUGUUGUGUUGGUGUACAUAGACAUUUCAAGAUGUAGAUGGAAAUGUCUCUCAAAGUGUUGCUUUUGCUGUUGUGAAUGGUUUGUCAGAGUGAGUGGCUGAUAAAUACUGCUCCAUUAUUCUGAGAAUAGCUAACUAGCAAAAUCUGUGGUUCAACUCAAAAUGCCCCUUUAGAUUUUACAACAGACUGACAGCUUUUCAUGUCAAGAUCCUACAACAUGGUGUUCAAAGUGAGAACUAGGGCUGCACCUAUUAUUUCAUGGUCAAUUAACCAUUGAGAAUAUGAAAUAUCACUUGCAUGUUGUUAAUUAGAGUUUCACAAAUGCAGUUUGAUAUCUUUAAACUGUUCUUUUGGUACACCACCUGUCCCAAACUUUCCAUUUACUUCCACAGACUGCAACAAGUAGAACAUGCGAGUAGUUCUAAACAGUAACAUUGUUGAGAAAGUUGACAGAAAUUGUCCUCUGUCAGACCUAAAAAAAGGCAACCAGCCUUUUACAAACUCAGUUAAUCUUCUAACUUUAAAAGUUGUUGCAAUUUUGGAAAUUGAUGUAUUCCAAGCCAUUGCACCAAUCUGCUUCUAUUACCAAUAGGCCAUACAAUAAUAUGACUCUGGUAGGGAUGUGCAUUUCAACUGAGUCAUUAUUCCAAAGUCAGUAGCAGUGAUUUGAAAAAAAAAAAAAAAAAUCCAAGCUGUUGCGGCUCAUUUUCUGUUACCUGGAUGCUAACGCAUUAUCUAACUGACCCGAAUGAGCUAAAGGACUUACUAUUGAAUGAUCAUGGUGAUUUUAAUUUUAUAUGUUUUACAUGAUAAUGUAUAGUUUUUUAAUCAAUUAUUUACCUCACAAUGUGGAUUUUUAUGUAGGGAUGCACAAUAUUAUUGUCACAAUAUUGUAAGCGGACAUUACUGUUUAAAGUGAAUAAUUACAACCAAUAUGUCAGUUUACAGUUUUGCCUAUAUCAUUUGAAGAUAUUGGCCUGUAUCAGUUGUUAAUAUCAGGCUAUAUUGGUUAUUGAUAUAAGCCUGUAUCAGCUUUAAUUAUUGUGCUAUAUCAGCUAUAAAUAAAAGCCUACACAGGCUGUAAAUAUUAGCCAUGAUCAGCUGUAAACAUUAGUCUUUAUUGGUUCUAAAUAUCAGCCUAUGUUGGACGUAAAUAUUCGGCUAUAUCUGCUGUAUAUAUCAGCCAAUAUCGGCUUUUCAUAUCAGCCAAUAUAGGUUGUAUGUAUCCGCCUAUUUUAGCUGUAAUGAGCCUAUAUCGACUGUAAAUAUCAGCUUAUAUCGGCUGUAUUUAUCAGCCUAUAUCUGCUGAAAAUAUCUGCAUAUAUCAGCUGUAGGUAUCAGCCUGUAUUGGCUCAUGAAUCAGCCAAUAUUGGCUGUAGAUUUCAGCCUAUUUUGGCUGUAAACAUUAGUCUAUUUCAGCCUAUAUCAGCUGUUAAUAUUAGCCUAUACUGGCUCUAUAUAUCAGUGUUUAUUGGCUAUAAAUACAAGCCUAUAUUGGCUAUUAAUAUCAGCCUAUACUGGCUGUAUAUAUCAGCUUUUAUUGGCUGUAAAUAUUAGCCUUUAUCAGCUCUAAAUAUCAGCCUCUAUCGCCUGUUAAUAUUAGCCUAUACUUGCUGUAUAUAUCAGCCUUUAUCAGCUGUAAAUAUCAGCCUCUAUUGGCUGUUAAUAUUAGCCUAUACUUGCUUUAUAUAUCAGCCUAUUUUGGCUGGUAAUAUUGGCCUAGUUUGGCUGUAAGUAGUACCCUAUUUCAGCCUAUAGCCACUGUUAAUAUUAGCCUAUACUGGCUGUAUACAUCAGCUUUUAUUGGCAGUAAAUAUUUGUCGAUAUCAGCUCUAUAUAUUAGCCUAUAUUGGCCUAAAAUAUCAGCCUCUAUUGGCUGUUAAUACCAGCCAAUAUUGGCUUUAAAUAUCCCACCUAUUCAAGCCUACAUCAGCCGUUAUUAUUAGCCUAUACUUGCUCUAUAUACCAGCCUUUAUCAGCUGUAAAUAUCAGCCUAUUUUGGCUGCUAAUAAUCAGCCUUUUUCGCUUAUAUUAGCUGUUAAUAUCCGCCAUUAUUGGCUGUAAAUAUCAGCCAAUACAGGCUGAUAAUAUCAUAAUAAUAUCGGCAAAAGCCCAAUAUUGUGCAUCCCUAGUUCAAUGGUUCAUUUCUUCAGAGAUGUUAGUUUCAUAGCAUCCUAACAGACGUUUAUGCUACAGAUGUUCCACCUGACACUAUUGCUUUCUUCUUCUUUUACUAUUGAAUGGUGGUUAUCAAACAGAAACACUAAAACCACUUUCUGGUCAUAGUCCCUCAUUAAUACCGGGUGCUGUAAAAAUAAUUGAAAAAAAAAAGAAGGUGAGGUCAAAUUUGCAUGACAACUUUAAAUUUUCAUCAACUAAUGAUUGUUUGAAUAUUUGAAUAUCACACCCCAUCCAUAAUUUCAGGUAAAUUAUCACUAGGGCAAUUACAAACAAAAAUAUGGCACUAGCAGAGAAUAAUAUUCAAAACUAGAAAAAUGUCAGCCAUGAGUGUUGUUCCAUCAAUAUCUUGGAUAUAUUUUUAAACUAUUACAGGAGAUGGACUAGUUAAAUGAAAACUAUCAUUGCAGCUCUUGUUACCAGAGUGAUGUUUUGAGUCAACACACACCCAUUCUGAGAAAGUACAAACAAAAAGCCUCCAUCUCCAUCUUACAGAAGUGCAUGUCAGUGUUUCCGUCAUUUCUGACUCAGUGCUGCGUGAACUGAUCACCAUCCAAGAACAGCCAGGCAGCAUUAAUAUUCAGUGCCAUUGUAACUUCUAGGCUUGCUUGGUCACCAGUUUUGUACUCUCUAAUAAUAGGCUCUUUAGCACCUCUAUCACUGACAUGACUGUAAGUGUUCGUGCUUGCUUGGUAGAGUUGUUUGUGUUAAAUCUGCUCACAUGAAAUAAAAUCUUAUCCUUGGGUUAUUCUCAGCCCACUUUGCCAAUCAUCCUAUCUUUUUUUGUAACAUCUGCAUUACAGAAAAACAAAAACACAUGCAUUCAUUGCCCUCCAACCUUUUAAACUUUGCUCUGAGGGGAAUCAAAGAGAGAUGCCCUACCCAGGAACCGCAGCCUGUCGUGGCAGUGAGCCUGCCAGCUCAAUGAAAUCUGUCACACUGUUUUAACCCAGAAGAAGAUACAAACACGAGAGGCAAAAUCUCAACCGUGAACUUCCUUGGCUCUGACUUUGCAAAACCCUUCUAAAAAACUGCAACUUUCGAGACUUUACAUUUAUUUUCUCUUCAACUUCUCCCUCUCAUUAAACCACACGAGCAGGAAAAACCUCACAUCCAAAUAUAGUUUGCAUGUAAAUACUGCACGAGGAUCUGUUUUGUGACACAAAUUCAGCAGCCUGCACGCUGCAUGGAUGCAAAUAGUGCAGCUGUGCACACAUGAUGUCAUUAUCAUUUCAAGUGUAAAUAAUGAAAGGGACCGGCAGCUGCACGCCAA